CUCCACUUAACCUCAUUUGAACGCACUCACUUCUCUCCUGCUUCGUUCCCAUAAUUCCCAUCUGCUGAAGAUCUGCAACUCUCUUACCUUUCUUCUUCUCGUCAUCUCGCCUCGCGCCCUCCCCCAAUUCGCGUUAUUUUCUCUAUCUAGCGAUGACCGACGCAAUUGAGCCCUCCACAUCCUCUCCACUGUCUUCGUCGGCGAGAGACCCCAGCACCGUUAUUCAUCCGAGGCGCGAACCCUUCGAGCAUGGCCUCCUGCCCAUCCCCAAGCUCAUCUUCUCCGACCCGACGCAAACCCUAAUCUCGCUGAAGCAGAAGCUUCUUGAGCUCUCCCCUAAUCGGCGGGCCAACUCUGCGGCCAUCUCCGACGCUCUGCAGAUCUCCAUUGACUGCGCCAGGCUUGUUCUCGAUACCCUCGCCUCGGUAUUGCACUCGGAGUCUGAACCUUUAGUUAGAGCCAAGCCGGAAGAAAUCGAAUCCGUUGGUGCCGAUGUCCAUGAUCUGGUCUUGUUCUUGUACAUUCAGUCCUACAAGAAGCUGCUUCCCAGAACGCACAAGGACUCUGCGGCCGUGGCAGAUGUCUGGCCUUCCACCUCGGCUUUUGAUGGCUACUUGUCUGCUCUCUCGCCGUUGCAGCUAGUGCGUAGCAACAGUCGUCGAUUUAUGCCAUCACAAGCUGAUGAGGAGGCGCAUCAGUUAUCAUAUUUGCAAAAGCACCUGGCCAACAUUCUGUCUCUUCUAGCUGAGCCUGUGGAGGGGGAAGGGGAAGGGGAAGAAUCUCUGGUUUUAACUAUGGAUAGAUUUGAGCACCUCGGGUUUCUAAUUCAGUUCGGCGAUAAGGGGUCUGAAGGAAGCACUUUGAGCCAAUCAUCUCCCUUUUUUGCAAACUCAGAUCCUGACAUGCCAGCUGUUCCUGUUCCCGCUGCACAAGUUCAUGAUUGGCUUCUGCAAAAUAUUGCUUCUUCUUUAGAAAAUAUUUCUGAAAGGGCUUCACUAAAGGAAAAUGGACCUGGCAGCGUAUCUGAUCAGGAUGUUGCUAUGGUUGAUGCAAUUACUGUCCCAGUUAAGGCCUCACCAAGUACUAGAGGUCCAUGUUUUAUUGAAGGGAUCUCUAAAUCAUCAUACUCUAAGAAUGUAUCUGAUAUUAAAGGUUCAUCUGUUAAGGUUCUAAAUUGCCAGGAGUCUGCUAUUUACAUUUUAGCACCUGUGAGAUUUGCCACCGUCUAUGGUUGUUCGGAUGCUACUAUUGUUCUUGGAGCAGUUGGCAAGGCUGUAAGAGUAGAACACUGUGAACGAGUUCAUGUGAUUGUAGCAGCUAAACGUAUAUGUAUUGCGAAUUGUCGUGAAUGUGUUUUCUUUUUGGGAGUGAACCAACAACCUCUUAUUGUUGGCGAUAACCAUAAGCUGCAGGUGGCACCCUAUAAUACAUAUUACUCCCAGCUAGAGGAGCACAUGGCUGAAGCUGGAAUUUUGCCCACAGUAAACAGGUGGGAUGAGCAUGUGGCAUUGGGUGCAGUUGAUCUUCAUGAUUCAUUAUCUCAUCCAGCUGGUGUCUCUGAUGUCCAAGCUGAGUCAGCUACCCGGGUAGAUCCUGAUCAGUUCACUGAUUUUGUGAUUCCAGGCUGGCUUGGAGGAGAGUCGACUGGGUCUACAAAACACAACCCAUUCACCUUACCAGAUGCCUAUAUGGCUUCGCAGCUUAGAAAUCAAAAGAAUUUAGGGGAGAUCAGGCAACUCUUGCGGGAAGCACCCCUAGAAGAAAAUCGCAAAAAAGAAUUAUCAUCUGCGCUUCAUGUUUGCUUCAAGGACUGGUUAUACGCAUCUGGAAACAUUCGGCAACUCUACUGUCUACAAGGCGAAUGAUCUUUGUGAAGCAACGCCAUGACACAGUUAGUGAUGGUACAGGAAGAAGGUUUCUAGUUUCGUUUUUGAGCUCCCUUUUGAAUUCCUCUUGCCAAUUAUGUUGGCCCUACAGUUAGCUGAGAUCAGAUGACGUGGAUUAGAAUACCCACCUAUUUAUUCGGUGGCACUGGUGCACAUAAUGGGAUCAAGAAAUACAUUUUGCUAGUCUGAAUGUAAUUUUUUUUUUUAUCUUGUGAAAAUAAUUACUGUGACAUUUUGUUAGCCUAAAUUAAUGGCCCUGUGAAAAUUUUCACCACCCUUUUCAAUAUCUGGUGUUAUUCAUGUUCUAAACUAGAAGUUUUGUAUUUUGAUUCAAGCCUUGGCCACAACUGGAGUUCAAUGCGAAACAUGGUUUGCUGGAUUGUAGUGCUAGAGGCCUAA